AUGACUCACAGUAAACAGAACUCAUUACUGUUAGCCAAUCAACUGCGUAGACACAGUUAUUCGUCAGAACGUAAUAAAGGGGAAUAUUUACAUGAAAUUGACAUUUCAUUACUUAAUUCUGUUUUGUUACCACCUUGUGAAAUUUUCACGGAAUCUAAUGCAAUUUCAUUUAUCGAAAAGUAUCAUAAAAUAAAACCAGUUAAAUAUAAGGCAUUUGUCCUUCCAGAUAGAUUUGUUCUGCAUAACAAGAAUCGCAGGCUAAAUACCUACCCAAAACCAUGUAUUAUAUAUUCUGAAGUGAAAUAUAUUUUCACCUCACCAAGCAUAUCAACCCCUGGCUGUUUUGUGUUAUGCAUUGAUUCAUGUACUGACAAACAACGUCGUUAUGAGUUGUACAAAAUAAAAGAUUCAACAUCCCACGACUUCUUUAUAGAUUUUUUAAAAUGUGUUAUGGGAGUUAAGGCUCGCCUAUAUUUUAACAUUAUCAAUAGUUAUUAUCAUCAACGUCAUUCCAUUACAUAUAAGUCAAAAACUUCAAACUCUGAUAGAACAUCAAGUUCUUCACAAGAUGAAUCAGAAUCUUUAUUCAAUUACGAGUCAUCAAGUUCAAAUCCUUCGUUUAGUCAAUUAAAACGAAAAUAUAAAUAA